AAAUGGGAGUAGUACUAAGGAACCUCCAAAAGGUGGUGCCUCUUCGCCGCGCCAGACUACGCAAGGAUGUUGACACACUGAGGCACAUCCUGGGCAUCCAGAAAUUUGAUCUGGGAAUUAUCUGCGUGGAUAACUACAGGAUUCAGAAAAUUAAUCACAUCUACAGAAAGAAAAAUGUGCCGACGGAUGUACUCUCAUUUCCAUUCUACGAGGACCUAAGACCAGGGAAGAUGCCUUGUCCUCUUCAUAGAGAUGAACUAAACCUCGGGGACAUUUUCUUGGGAGUCGAGUUUUUGAUGAAACAGUGUCAAGAGGAAUCUCUAGAUCUGCAUGGUGCUCUUACUGCUGUCACUGCACAUGGGAUCUGUCACCUGUUGGGCUACAGGCAUGAGACAGAGGAAGAAUGGACUGAGAUGCUGCAGAGGGAAAGCUACAUUCUAAGUGAGUACAACAGACUCACUGGGCGACAUCUCGAGCCACUUAUGAAGAGAUGCAAUCAAGACAGGUGACAGUGACUGUUACCUGCUACCUGUACAGCUAAACACUGCACUAAGUGUACUGUGGUGCUUGAUAUUGUUUGUACUCUGUCCUGUAACAAGUUUGACUUGACCUACCAUGAUUGAUUAACUAAUUUAACAGAUUAGUUAUAUUCAGAAACCAAUGUUUGCUGCUGUUUUAUGAAGGUCUUCAUACAUGCAGCUACUGAUUGUGUGUGGGCAUCCUUAAACACUGGAUUCAAGUGUUAUUAAAGUUUUAAACACCAAAUUAAAAAGUCUGUGCACUUUCACCGUAAUAUUUUAUUAAAAUCUGCUUUAGGAAGAGUCAGUUGUGUAUGAAGGGUAGAAAAAAGCAGUUCAUUCUUACUUCACAAAUACAUUUUACCCUCUUUACACUGCUGCAUUUGGGACAGGAUAUUCAGGAAGGCGCCAUGUUUCAGACAUGUAAAUUCAUUUAAAAAAAAUUCGGAAUAAAGUUUGUCCAUGGUGCAACAGAAAACUUUAGUUCCAGGAAGUCAGCUAAUAAUACUGGACAUUUCCUUAAAACAUAACAGUAUAGGGCUGAGUAUUCAAGAAUAUGAAUCAGUCCAUACAGAUUAUUUAAUCAUGUUUUCUGCUAUAUCAUGUAAGUUUUCUUCUGCUUCUGUGGGAGAUUGAGAAAAUAAUUGUGUGGUCUGAAUAUGUCCAGCAGACACAAUGUUUCAUUGCUGCACAUUAGUCAUGACAUACUUCAAUGUGAUUUUGUCUUUACAGUGGUAACAAAAAGAAAGAGCUGUACAACCAGUGUCUGGUAUUAAAAUCAUUACAGAAUAACAAAAUA